UCUGCAGUAAGCAGCUUUCACAGAGAUUCUCAAGUGUAGUGGCUCCAGCACUGGGUGGAGUGGGAUAGUCAAUGCCGUUCCCCAGGGUUCAGUUGUUCUGAGCCCCGCCCCCAGGUGGCCGGGCCGCCCACUCGGUUAGUCACGUGCUGGCGGCUAGCCAAUCAUCGGGGACGGGGCGGGGCGGUAGAGACGGAGAAAACGAAGAGUAAGACACAGUCCUGCAGACUUUCCAGCGGAUCUUCCGGUGGCCCCAUGUCGCGCAGCGGAACCGGUCCUGAGCAGCGCCAGCAGGCGUCAGAGGCGGACACCGCAGCAGCAACCUUCCGGGCAAGCGAUCAUCAGCAUAUCCGCUACAACCCGCUGCAGGAUGAGUGGGUGCUGGUGUCUGCUCACCGCAUGAAGCGGCCCUGGCAGGGUCAAGUGGAACCCCAGCUUCUGAAGACAGUGCCCCGCCAUGACCCCCUCAACCCUCUGUGUCCCGGGGCCACCCGAGCCAAUGGAGAGGUGAAUCCCCACUACAAUAGCACCUUCCUGUUUGACAACGACUUCCCAGCUCUGCAGCCUGAUGCCCCCAGUCCAGGACCCAGUGAUCAUCCCCUUUUCCAAGCAAAGGCUGCUCGAGGAGUCUGUAAGGUCAUGUGCUUCCACCCCUGGUCGGAUGUGACGCUGCCACUCAUGUCGGUCCCUGAGAUCCGGGCUGUUGUUGAUGCAUGGGCCUCAGUCACAGAGGAGCUGGGUGCCCAGUACCCUUGGGUGCAGAUCUUUGAAAACAAAGGCGCCAUGAUGGGCUGUUCCAACCCCCACCCCCACUGCCAGGUGUGGGCCAGCAGUUUCCUUCCAGAUAUUGCCCAGCGUGAGGAGCGAUCUCAGAAGGCCUAUAAGAGUCAGCAUGGAGAGCCCCUGCUACUGGAGUAUAGCCGCCAGGAGCUACUCAGGAAGGAACGUCUGGUCCUAACCAGUGAGCACUGGUUAGUGCUGGUCCCCUUCUGGGCAACGUGGCCCUACCAGACACUGCUGCUGCCCCGUCGGCAUGUGCGACGGCUACCUGAGCUGACCCCUGCAGAGCGUGAUGAUCUAGCCUCCAUCAUGAAGAAGCUCUUGACCAAGUAUGACAAUCUAUUUGAGACGUCCUUUCCCUACUCCAUGGGCUGGCAUGGUGAGGCUUUUCAAGUACCUUUAUCUAGCCCCAACACCAUUUCUGGGCUUCUGGGGCCUGGCUUAGUGAACUGCAAUCCCAAACGAGCAAGACUUGAAAUAGUUGCUGGGGGAAGUGGCCAGAGCAGAGAUGCUGGGACUGAGGUUGGAGCAGCAAACUUGGUGAAACUGUGUCUCCAGUGUGCUUUCUAAUUUCCUGCCAGCUCUUCUCAGGAGCUCCCACAGGAUCAGAGGCCAGGGCCAACUGGGAGCACUGGCAGCUGCACGCUCAUUACUACCCUCCGCUCCUGCGCUCUGCCACUGUCCGGAAAUUCAUGGUUGGCUACGAAAUGCUUGCUCAGGCUCAGAG